AUGAUGCUCCACUUACGUCACUGGCCACUCGUGCUGGCCAUUGCUUCCUGCUCAGCGGCAGCAGCAGCAGCGGCGACGACAUCAACAACAUCAUCGUUAUCCUCCAUUCCGGGCAAAUAUCAGGCCUUGGGUGCAGCCCAUCACCAGCCAAAGAAGCUGAAAAUCGGAGCUGCCUCCUCCUCAGCCUCAUCUGCCACCUCAUCCUCCUCCUCCUCCUCAAGCACUUUGGAUGGCAAUGGCAACAAACCUGUAUUCCGGCAAAAUCCGAUCAAGAAUUGGUUCGGUGCCUUCAAUCGCAAUAAUUCGCCGGCAGCUCAGAACCAAACGUCGCCGACAUGUUCCUGCAGGUGCGGCGAACGGAAUGACGAGUCACGAAUUGUGGGCGGAACGACAACGGGAGUGAGUGAAUACCCCUGGAUGGCCCGGCUGAGCUACUUCAAUAGGUUCUACUGCGGCGGCACCCUGAUCAAUGAUCGCUACGUGCUGACGGCAGCGCAUUGCGUCAAGGGCUUCAUGUGGUUCAUGAUCAAGGUCACCUUCGGGGAGCACGAUCGCUGCAAUGACAAGGAACGCCCGGAGACGCGGUUCGUGUUGCGUGCCUUCAGCCAGAAGUUUAGUUUCUCCAACUUUGACAACGAUAUUGCCCUGCUGCGUCUGAAUGACCGUGUGCCGAUCACCAGCUUCAUCCGGCCAAUAUGCCUGCCAAGGGUGGAGCAACGUCAGGAUCUUUUCGUGGGCACCAAGGCCAUUGCCACCGGCUGGGGUACGCUCAAGGAGGAUGGCAAGCCCUCAUGCCUGCUGCAGGAGGUUGAGGUCCCGGUGCUGGACAACGAUGAAUGCGUGGCCCAGACGAACUACACCCAAAAGAUGAUCACCAAGAACAUGAUGUGCUCGGGCUAUCCGGGAGUUGGCGGGCGGGACAGCUGCCAGGGCGACUCCGGGGGUCCGCUGGUGCGCCUUCGACCCGACGACAAGCGCUUCGAGCAGAUCGGAAUCGUGUCCUGGGGCAAUGGCUGUGCCAGGCCCAAUUACCCGGGCGUGUAUACCCGGGUGACGAAAUACCUGGACUGGAUUGUGGAGAAUUCGCGGGACGGAUGCUUUUGCGACGAGGACUACUGAUCACGAAAAAUCGUGAUCCGAGCGUUGGACAGUUCUUCGCCUUAGUUGUUAG